UUCGAUCCAUUCACUCAUGGCUUGUGGUUUGUGAUGGUGGAGCUUUCUAGCUGGUGUAAAACUGAAUUGAGUUGUUAAUUUUACCCAUAUUGAUUGUGUUAUUUAAUAAACAUUAGGUUUUAGUGAUUUUAAGAACAAAAGAACUGUUUCUGGUGUGCUCGCAUAAGUAAAUUGUGACGAGGAGGGGACCGUGUUGGUCGUUGUAUCAGGAUGGCCGAAUAUUUAGCUGCUAUUUUUGGUACAGAAAAAGAUAAAGUAAACUGUUCGUUCUACUUUAAAAUUGGGGCCUGCCGACAUGGUGAUCGCUGUUCACGUAUUCACAACAAGCCAACUUUUUCACAGACAGUGCUUUUACAAAAUCUGUAUGUGAACCCUCAGAAUUCAGCCAAAUCUGCUGAUGGCAGUCAUUUGGUUGUGGCCAAUGUAUCUGACGAGGAGAUGCAGGAGCAUUACGAUAACUUCUUUGAAGAUGUAUUUGUUGAAUGUGAAGACAAAUAUGGAGAAAUUGAGGAAAUGAAUGUAUGUGACAAUUUGGGAGACCACUUGGUUGGCAAUGUUUAUAUUAAGUUCCGUCGCGAGGAAGACGCAGAGAAGGCUGUGAAUGACCUAAACAACCGUUGGUUUGGCGGUCGACCCGUGUACGCCGAGCUGUCUCCCGUGACGGACUUCCGUGAGGCUUGCUGCCGUCAGUAUGAGAUGGGUGAAUGCACCCGCAGUGGCUUCUGCAACUUCAUGCACUUGAAGCCCAUAUCGAGAGAGUUGAGGAGGUACCUUUACUCCCGUCGCAAGGGUUCCCGUCGCUCCCGCUCCCGGUCCCGCGAGCGCCGGCGCCGCUCGCGCUCGCGUGGGGAGAACCGCCGCCGCGAGCCGCCGCGCAACUCGCGCUCGGGACGAUAUUGACCGUGACCACGCCACCACUGUCCACCACGGGGUACACUCAGCUCCCGUGGGGACCUGCGAUUUCGACCGUGACGAGACUACUGUCCACCACGGCGAACAGUCACUUCCCAUAGGGACCUAUUCUAUCUUACAUUGGUUUAAAAUAAACAAGGAUUUCAGAGACCAUAAGUGACUUUCUAUACACAAUGAUUUCUUAACAUAAGUUGUAUGAUAGAUUUUUAAAUCUGGGUGUGCUAGUAUUCAUGAUUAAGUACAUAUUUGUAUGAUCCUUUGAAAUAUUAAUUUUACAACACUGUUUUACAGCAUUGCUAAUUCAUAUAAUAGCCCAACUGUCUAGUGUAUAAUUGAACGCAAUUGGUAAACAUAGAUUUUGAAUAAAAUGUAUAUUCCAUGCAUGACUGAUA